CAUGAACCAAAACCUCCUGAAUCUGUAGGGUACAGACCACACCUCUGGAAUUUAUUAACAAAGAGUUCAGGACUCAGGAAGACUACUCCACGCAUGAACAAAAACUUCCUGAAUGUGUAGGGUACAGACCACACCUCUGGAAUUUAUUAACAAAGAAUUCAGAACUCAGGAAGGCAUCCGAAGAGACUUCUUGUCCGACCGGUUGUCCGUGUUGCACGAUUCAUUCACAGCAGACGGGUUGCUUAGGAUAGAGACUUUAGACCUCCACUAAAAUGGCAGAGGAAAACCCUCAGUUCAAGAGUUUCCUGACUUGCAGCGUGUGCACUGAGAUCUUCAAGGACCCGGUGUCUCUAGGCUGUCACCACAGCUUCUGUUACAGAUGUCUCCAGGACUUCUGGGCACAAGCUGAGAACAAGAACUGUCCCGUCUGUAAGAGGAAAUCCUCAAAUGAUGCAAUCGUUAACUUUUCCAUCAAGGAGCUCGCUGACUCCUACGCUGGAAGACAGAGGUCUGCCCCCUCUGAUGAGGCCCAGGUGGUCUGCACUGAGCACUUAAAGGAUAUCAAGUGGUUCUGUAAGGACGAGCAGAGAGCUGUGUGUCAUGUGUGUGAGUUCCCUCACCACCAGGGUCACAGGGUGGUUCCUCUAGAAGAACAAGUCCAGGAGCUGAAGCAGCAGCUGAGACCUGACCUCAAGGCUCUACAGGACAGGAGGAGGAGACACCAGGAGCUGGAGGAGACGUAUGAGGCCAUGGUUCCUCACCUCAAGGGACAGCGGGUGAAGACCGAGAGGCGGAUCAGGAAAGAGUUUGAACAGCUUCACCGGUUCCUGAGAGAGGAAGAGGGGGCCAGAGUGGUGGCCCUGGGAGAGGAAGAGGAGCAGAAGAGGAAGAGGAUCCUCCUGGAGAGGAAGACCCUUCAGGAGCAGAUCAAGUCUCUCUCAGAGAGUCUCUCGGCUGUAGAAGCAGACCUGCAGAAGGACGGCCUGUCGUUCCUCAGCGCUUCCACGCGCUCCCGGACCAGCGCCAGAGCCCUGCUCUCCGGGUCUGAUCCCCAGCUGCUUCCUGGAGCGCUGCUGGACGAGGCCAAACACCUGGGAAACCUGGCCCACCGAGUCUGGGAGAAGAUGGGGCAGAGGACCACCUUCAGCCCCGUUAUUCUGGACCCAAACACUGCAACACGCGGCCUCUCUCUGUCUGAUGAUCUGACCAGCGUGAGACGUAUGAAUGUAAUCCAGAAGGUUCCUAACAACCCAGAGAGGUUCACUGAGUACGCUGAGGUUCUGGGCUCUGAGGGCUUCAGCUCAGGGGAACACUGCUGGGAGGUGGAGGUGGGAGACUUUCCUAUCUGGAGAAUAGGUGUUGCUAAAGAGUCAGUGGAGAGGAAAGAAGAGCACACUCUUUCACCAGCUAAUGGAAUCUGGUGUUUAUUCUAUACCAGUGGAAAGUACACUCAGGGUACUAGUAAAACCCUGACAUUGAAGAGGAACCCAGAGAGGAUCAGAGUCCAGCUGGACUAUGAUGGAGGGAAGGUGUCCUUCUACGACCCUGAAGGCAUGAGUCUCAUCUACAUAUAUCAACACACCUUCACUGAGAACAUCUUCCCUUAUUUUAGUGUUGGAGAAGCAGGUGAAGCCCGGACCAAAGAUGUUAGAGUGUGUGGUGUCUCCUCACGCACUCUAGAUUGACCUGCUUCCUGUGUGUGUGUGUACAUAAGUACACACACUGUA